GUGUGUGCAGUCACAGAACUCAAACAUGGGUCACCGUUGCUGCAGCAAACAAAAGAUCAAAAGAGGGUUAUGGUCUCCAGAAGAAGAUGAGAAACUUAUAAGAUACAUCAACACACAUGGACAUAAAAGUUGGAGUUCUGUGCCAAAAUUUGCAGGCUUGCAGAGAUGUGGGAAGAGUUGCAGAUUGAGAUGGAUUAAUUAUCUGAGACCUGAUCUGAAGAGGGGUUCCUUCACUGCUGAAGAAGAGCAGAUCAUAAUUGACAUUCAUAGAAUUCUUGGAAACAGAUGGGCACAGAUAGCCAAACACCUACCAGGAAGAACAGACAAUGAGGUCAAGAAUUUCUGGAACUCCUGCAUAAAAAAGAAGCUCAUAUCUCAAGGGUUAGAUCCACAAACUCACACUCUUCUCUCUUCUCAUAGGAGAAGCUCAGCAUGUACCAUCUCCAACAUUCAUCAAAAUUCCAAUUCCAUUUUCAUUGUGAGUUCAAAUAUACCAAAUGCACCCGUGGAAACUACUAGUCAAACCUUUUCUUCACUACCUAAAGCUCAACCAAACAUUGUUCAAACUCCCUCUAGCAUUGUUUCCUCUGAAUAUCAAACAUCAACUAUUCUUUCAAAUAAAUUCUCAUCAGAUUUGCCUUAUGAGCUAUUACUGGAGAACACCUCCAACAUUUGUUCACCUUCAUAUAUGAACCCCGAAGCAGUUGAAUUGUCCAACUAUGAGAACAAUGUGAAUUGGGUUUCAAGAGUUAAUGUUGAAGAUUUCAGUGCUCAAACACCGGAAGAGGGAACACAAGUGCAGGUGCAUCAAGAGAAGAACAAGACUUGUGAGAGUAAGGGGAUUGAUGUUAGAGAAGUUAAUAACAAGGGCAAUCUUGAAACCAGUGCUUCUUUCGAGAGUUCUAACUUUGAUUUUGGGUUGUUGGAGAGUGUACUUACCUCCGAAUUUAUCUCUCAUGAUUUCAACUGUAUGGAUGAACUUGCAUGGAACUUUUAGACCAGUUUCAAUCAUAUAUAUCCCUCGUUUAUGUUUAUUAUUAAGUUUCCUAUGUGCAUGUUAUUGAUCGAUAAGAAAUCUGCAAAAUAUUAUUGCAAUUUUGCUUUAGAUUAAGGCUACUUGGAAGAAGAAAAAUAGAAUUGCAUGGCAUGAAAUUUGAAAAUGGUUCGGAGCUGGUAGAAAAUGAGAUCUUGAGUAUUGGCAUUUGUAGUUGUUUCUUGUUAAUAAACAUAAACCUGCUCAGAAGAAACUGCGAGCAUUCUUAAUGCAAAUCGUGGUUCCUACGUCGUCCUUUAUUUAUUAUAACUAUUUAAUCAUAGUUAUGAAUGACUUAUAGAAAAACAAGGAAUGUAACGGAAACUAAGCAUUAUCUACACGUACUGUACAUAAGCAGAAGUACAUAAAUAGAAUAGGAGUUUGUGUAAUUUCUUUUUACUCUCCACAUUUUUUUUUACCAUCGUAUCUAUAUCAAUAUUCCAACGUAUUCAAUAAUACA